AGCAGCUGUGUAGCAAAGCGAACCCCGCCGGUUUACUGUCGGCUGCCACCUCAGCUUACGUCAAGGGAAAACUUGAGUUCAGGUCGUUGUCACGGAGCUGCAUGACAGCGUCCGCGCUGCUGUCGUGCGAGCGAGUUGGCGACACUUCACGCGACCGAUGCAGGAAAAAAUGAGACGAGGGCUGUUGUUAUUGUGACUAAGCUCUGUGUUGCCAUGGAGAAGCCGUGGAGGUUGUGGGGCGCAGUGGAGCGUUGUACCCUCACUUUAGUCUCCUGGUCCUGGGGCACCUGCCGCGUGUCCCUGCUGGCUCUGAUCCUCACCUUCCACCUGUACGGGGGUUUCAUCCUCCUGGCUCUCAUCCUGGCCUCCGUGGCGGGCAUCCUUUACAAAUUCCAGGACGCGCUUCUCUACUUCCCCGACCAGCCGUCGUCGUCACGCCUCUACGUUCCCGUGCCGACGGGAAUCCCGCACGAGAACGUCUACAUUCGCACUAAGGACGGCGUGAAGCUCAACCUCAUCCUGCUGCGAUACACGGGGGACUCACCUUCCGGAGUCUCGGCUGCCAAUCAGAGCGGCACCGCUUCCUCGGCGCCGCCCACCAUUCUCUACUUCCACGGCAACGCGGGCAAUAUCGGCCACAGGGUGCCCAACGCGCUGCUGAUGCUGGUCAACCUGAAAGCCAACGUGGUGCUCGUGGACUACCGCGGCUACGGGAAAAGCGACGGCGAGCCCGGCGAGGAGGGCCUCUACCUGGACGCCGAGGCCACGCUGGACUACGUGAUGACCCGGCCCGAUUUGGACAAGACCAAAGUGAUACUGUUCGGCCGCUCGCUGGGGGGCGCCGUGGUCAUCCGCUUGGCGUCGGCCAACCCGCACCGCGUGGCGGCCAUUAUGGUGGAAAACACCUUCCUCAGUAUCCCGCACAUGGCAGCGACGCUCUUCUCUUUCCUGCCCAUGCGCCUGCUGCCCCUGUGGUGCUACAGGAAUCAGUUCCUGUCUUAUAGGAAGGUGGCGCUGUGCCGCAUGCCCUCGCUGUUCGUCUCGGGCCUGUCAGACCAGCUCAUACCGCCGGUCAUGAUGAAGCAACUAUACGAGAUGUCACCGUCGCGGACUAAACGCCUGGCCAUCUUCCCCGAGGGCACGCACAAUGACACGUGGCAGUGUCAGGGCUACUUUGCAGCUCUGGAGCAGUUCAUUAACGAGCUGCUCAAAAGCCACGCCCACGAGGAGAGCGCGCAGACGUCCUCGAGUGUCACCAUCAUCUGAGCGAACCUUUUUACUCUUUCUCUUAUUUAAUUUCACUCACCAAUGUGGAAAUGACUUUUGUUCAGGGUGGGGGAACAUUACUCAUUUUCUUGUGUUUCAGCCAUGAAUGCAUGCAUAUGUGACUCUUAAAACAGUGUUUCCCAACCUGUUUUGAGCCAAGGCACGUAUUUUUCAUCGGAAAAAAAUCUUAUGGGACAGCACCUAACAGAAAUGUCACAAAAAGUUGAUACACUGAUUAAUUAUAUACCUUCUGCCAUCUUGUGGGAGAGUGUUUAAUUGUUCUGUCAAUAAACCUCGCUGGCAAUAGA